CUUUGGUCGUUUGCCCAUUCUACACUGCCCUCAUCUAUUGUUUGUUUGGAAUCCCAUUUAUAGUCUCCCGGUCUCCUCCCAAGCUCCCACUGGACAUCAAUAUCCAAGCAUUCACAUUUAACACUCCCUGGUUUGUAGACUCAUUUCUUGAGGUUAUGGCUGCUUUUUCUGUGAGGAUGACGUGGGAUUUUCGGGUUUUCUCAACUCUUAUAAGCAUUUUAUUUCUGUUGCUUGAGAGGGCGUCCUUUACCUACUCUGCUCAGAGUGAUGUUGAUUGCCUCCGAGCUAUAAAAAAUUCUUUGGAAGACCCUUCUAAUUACCUGAAAUCUUCUUGGAAUUUCAAUAACAAUACUGAAGGCUUUAUUUGUGAGUUUUAUGGGGUUGGUUGCUGGAAGCCAGACGAGAACAGUGUCUUGAAUCUCCGGCUAAGUGGCAUUGGACUUAAGGGCGAGUUUCCUCUUGGUGUUGCAGGUUGUUCAUCCUUGACUGGCUUAGAUCUUUCUUAUAACGAGAUUUAUGGAAAAAUUCCGAAUAAUAUCUCUAGGAUACUUGGAUAUAUGACAAGCCUUGAUCUCUCAUCCAAUCAGUUAUCCGGAGAGAUCCCUGUGGAUCUUGCGAAUUGCAAUUAUUUGAAUGUCAUUAAACUUGAUAGUAACCAAUUGUCAGGCCAAAUCCCUGCUCAGAUUAGUCAACUCAAUCGAUUGAUGGAAUUUAGCGUGGCAAACAAUAGAUUGACCGGCCAAGUUCCACAAUUUAGAAAUGCUACUUUUCCUCCAGAUAGUAGCUAUGCGAAUAAUUCAGGACUAUGUGGCAAUCCUUUGCCUCCUUGUCGAGAUUCUUCAAAGAAAAUUAUUAUUUCAGCCAUUGUUGGGGCGACUUUUGCAACCUUCGCUGUUGGCAUUGGCAUUGGCAUAGGCAUAGGCAUGUUCUUCUAUUUGGGUAAGGCGUCCAAAAAGAAGAAAUCCAAAAAGAAGAAAGAAGAAGAUCCGAUGGGCAACAAAUGGGCAAAGAGAAUCAAGGAUGCCAAAGCCAUCAAGGCAAGAUAAGUUUACAUUUUAUCGGGAUUUCUUCUUUCCAUGUAUAAUAAUUAUUGGGAUAUUUGUUGCUACAGUCCUCGAACUUACAAACAUAAAGCACCUGGAUCCCAAUCAAUUUUUCUGGUCUAUAGAUCCCUAAACUUU